AGGCGCAGUGCGGGGCUCGGUGUGCCCCUGGCGCGGCGGGCGCGGCGGCGGGGGCGGCGCGCGCUCCCGCUUCCGGUGAGGUGUCAUGGCGGGCCCCGCGCGCUGAGGGCCCGCGACACCGACACCGCCCGCGCGCACCCGCCGCUCCCCGGGCGGGCGGCGGCGGGACAUGGCGGCGCACAAGCCCGUGGAGUGGGUGCAGGCCGUGGUGAACCGCUUCGACGAGCAGCUUCCAAUAAAGGCUUGCCAGCAGAAUACCCACACCAAAGUCAGCACGGAGCACAACAAGGAAUGUCUCAUCAACAUUUCCAAGUACAAGUUUUCCCUGGUCAUCAGUGGUCUCACCAAUAUCUUAAAAAAUGUUAAUAACAUGAGAAUAUUUGGAGAAACUGCUGAAAAGAAUUUAUAUCUAUCUCAGCUGAUUAUCUUGGAUACACUGGAAAAAUGUCUGGCAGGGCAACCCAAGGACACGAUGCGCCUGGACGAGACCAUGCUGGUGAAGCAGCUGCUGCCCGAGAUCUGCCACUUCAUCCACACCUACCGCGAGGGCAACCAGCACGCGGCCGAGCUGCGCAGCUCCGCCUCGGGCGUGCUCUUCUCGCUCAGCUGCAACAACUUCAACGCCGUCUUCAGCCGCAUCUCCACCAGGUUGCAGGAACUGACUGUUUGUUCAGAAGAUAAUGCUGAUGUUCAUGAUAUUGAACUUUUACAGUACAUCAGUGUGGAUUGUUCAAAACUCAAGCGACUCUUACAAGAGACUGUGUUCAAGUUUAAAGCCCUGAAGAAAGUAGCUCAGUUAGCUGUUAUCAACAGUCUUGAGAAGGCCUUUUGGAACUGGGUGGAAAACUAUCCUGAUGAAUUCACAAAGCUGUACCAAACCCCCCAGACUGACAUGGCUGAUUGUGCUGAGAAGUUGUUUGAUUUAGUGGAUGGCUUUGCUGAAAGUACAAAACGUAAAGCAGCAGUGUGGCCACUGCAGAUCAUCCUCCUGGUCCUGUGUCCAGAGAUAAUCCAGGAUAUAGCAAAGGAUGUGGUAGAGGAAACUAAAAUGAACAAGAAGCUGUUCCUGGACAAUCUCAGGAAGGCCCUGGCAGGGCACAGUGGGAGCAGGCAGCUGACUGAAAGUGCUGCUAUUGCGUGUGUGAAACUGUGCAAAGCAUCUACCUACAUCAACUGGGAAGAUAAUUCUGUCAUUUUCCUGCUAGUGCAGUCCAUGGUAGUAGAUCUUAAGAAUUUGCUGUUUAACCCAAGCAAACCUUUUUCAAGAGGCAAUCAAAAUGCAGAUGUAGACCUGAUGAUUGACUGCUUGGUUUCCUGCUUCCGCAUAAAUCCUCACAAUAACCAACACUUCAAGAUCUGCUUGGCACAGAAUUCCCCAUCAACAUUUCAUUAUGUGCUGGUAAAUUCACUCCACCGAAUCAUCACAAAUUCGGCGCUGGACUGGUGGCCGCGCAUCGACGCCGUGUACUGCCACGCCGUGGAGCUGCGCAGCAUGUUCAGCGACACCCUGCACCGCGCCAUGCAGGGCUGCGGGGCGCACCCCGCCAUCCGCAUGACCCCGAGCCUUACAUUUAAGGAGAAAAUGACAAGCCUUAAAUUUAAAGAAAAGCCUACUGAUUUGGAAACCAGAAGCUACAAAUUCUUGCUCUUGUCCUUGGUGAAGCUGAUCCAUGCAGAUCCAAAGCUUUUGCUGUGUAACCCCAGGAAGCAGGGCCCCGACUCGCAGGGCAGCACGGCCGAGCUGAUCACGGGGCUGGUGCAGCUGGUGCCGCAGUCCAGCAUGCCCGACAUCGCCCAGGAGGCCAUGGAGGCCUUGCUGGUUCUGCACCAGUUGGACAGCAUUGCCUUGUGGAAUCCUGAUGCUCCUAUAGAAACAUUCUGGGAGAUCAGCUCACAAAUGCUUUUUUAUAUCUGCAAGAAGCUUACAAGUCAUCAGAUGCUCAGCAGUACAGAAAUCCUCAAGUGGCUGCGAGAGAUUCUCAUCUGUAGGAAUAAAUUUCUGCUAAAAAAUAAACAAUCAGAUAGGAGUUCCUGCCACUUCCUCUUCCUUUAUGAUGUCUCUGGAAGUGGAACUAGUCAAAUUUCUCUUGACCAUGACGAAAUGAUACGCUGUGCACCAGGGGCUACCCUGAGGAAAGGGAAGGGGAAUUCUUCCAUGGAGAGCACGGCGGGGUGCAGUGGAACACCGAUCUGCCGCCAAGCCCAGACCAAGCUGGAAGUGGCCUUGUACAUGUUCCUGUGGAGCCCAGAUAUCGAGGCAGUCCUGGUGGCCAUGUCCUGCUUCCGUCACCUCUGUGAGGAGGCCGACAUCAGAUGUGGAGUAGAUGAGGUCUCUGUGCAUAAUUUUUUGCCAAACUACAACACUUUCAUGGAGUUUGCAUCUGUGAGCAACAUGAUGUCAACAGGGAGAGCAGCUCUUCAGAAGAGAGUGAUGGCGUUACUGAGGCGCAUUGAACACCCCACUGCAGGCAACACAGAGGCCUGGGAAGAUACACAUGCCAAAUGGGAACAAGCUACAAAACUAAUCCUUAACUAUCCAAAGACCAAAAUGGAAGAUGGACAGGUGACCGAGAGCCUGCACAAGACCAUCGUGAAGCGGCGCAUGUCGCACGUCAGCGGCGGCGGCUCCAUCGACCUGUCGGACACGGAGUCGCUGCAGGAGUGGAUCAACAUGACGGGGUUCCUGUGUGCCCUGGGCGGGGUGUGCCUGCAGCACCGCAGCAGCGCGGGGCUGGCCACCUACAGCCCCCCCAUGGGCCCCCUCAACGAGCGCAAGGGCUCCAUGAUCUCCAUGGUGUCCACCGAGGGCAGCGUGGAGACCCCGGUCAGCAAGUUCAUCGACCGCCUGCUCACCCUCAUGGUCUGCAACCACGAGAAGGUGGGGCUGCAGAUACGGACCAACAUCAAGGACCUGGUGGGGCUGGAGCUCAGCCCAGCGCUUUAUCCGAUGCUCUUCAACAAACUGAAGAACACCAUCAGCAAGUUCUUCGAUUCUCAAGGACAGGUCUUGUUAACUGACACCAACACACAGUUUGUAGAGCAAACCAUUGCUAUAAUGAAGAAUCUGCUUGACAAUCACACAGAAGGGAGCUCAGAACACCUUGGACAAGCGAGCAUUGAGACAAUGAUGCUGAAUCUGGUUAGGUAUGUGCGUGUGCUUGGAAAUCUGGUACAUGCCAUUCAAAUAAAAACAAAGCUCUGUCAGUUAGUAGAAGUGAUGAUGGAAAGGAGAGAUGACCUUUCAUUUUGUCAAGAAAUGAAGUUUAGGAACAAAAUGGUGGAAUAUUUGACAGACUGGGUAAUGGGAACAUCUAAUCAAGCAACAGACGAGGAUGUCAAAUGCUUGACAAGAGAUUUGGACCAGGCGAGUAUGGAAGCAGUGGUCUCUCUUCUUGCUGGGCUUCCACUCCAGCCUGAAGAAGGAGAUGGUGUUGAGUUGAUGGAAGCAAAAUCUCAAUUAUUUCUCAAGUACUUCACGCUGUUCAUGAACCUGCUGAACGACUGCAGCGAGGCGGAGGAGGACGGCGCGGCGGCGGGCGGGCGCAAGCGCGGCAUGUCACGGCGCCUGGCGUCGCUGCGCCACUGCACCGUGCUGGCCAUGUCCAACCUGCUCAACGCCAACGUGGACAGCGGCCUCAUGCACUCCAUAGGCCUGGGCUACCACAAGGACCUCCAGACCAGAGCCACCUUCAUGGAGGUGCUCACCAAAAUCCUGCAGCAGGGCACCGAGUUUGAUACCUUGGCAGAGACGGUGCUGGCAGAUCGCUUUGAGAGACUGGUGGAGUUGGUCACCAUGAUGGGUGACCAGGGGGAGCUUCCUAUUGCUAUGGCUUUAGCCAACGUGGUGCCUUGUUCUCAGUGGGACGAGCUGGCCCGUGUCCUGGUCACGCUCUUUGAUUCCCGGCACCUGCUCUACCAGCUCCUCUGGAAUAUGUUCUCAAAGGAGGUCGAGUUGGCAGACUCCAUGCAGACACUCUUUCGAGGAAACAGCUUAGCCAGUAAAAUAAUGACUUUCUGUUUUAAGGUCUAUGGUGCUACGUACCUGCAGAAGCUGCUGGAGCCUUUGCUGCGCACUGUGAUCACAUCUCCUGAGUGGCAGCACGUCAGCUUUGAGGUGGAUCCAACAAGGCUGGAGCCCACAGAAAGCCUUGAGGAGAACCAGCGGAGUCUCUUGCAAAUGACAGACAAGUUUUUUCAGGCAAUCAUUAAUUCCUCCUCGGAGUUCCCGCCCCAGCUGCGCAGCGUGUGCCAUUGUUUGUACCAGGCAACUUGCCACUCUCUACUGAAUAAAGCUACCGUAAAAGAAAAAAAGGAAAACAAAAAAUCAGUGGUGAGCCAGCGCUUCCCCCAGAACAGCAUCGGCGCCGUGGGCAGCGCCAUGUUCCUGCGCUUCAUCAACCCCGCCAUCGUGUCCCCGUACGAGGCGGGCAUCCUGGACAAGAAACCCCCGCCCCGCAUCGAGCGCGGCCUCAAGCUCAUGUCAAAGAUCCUUCAGAGUAUUGCCAACCACGUGCUGUUUACUAAAGAGGAGCACAUGCGGCCUUUCAAUGACUUUGUCAAGAGCAAUUUUGACGCAGCGCGAAGGUUCUUCCUGGACAUCGCGUCCGACUGCCCGGCCAGCGACACCGUCAACCACAGCCUGUCCUUCAUCAGCGACGGCAACGUGCUGGCGCUGCACCGCCUGCUCUGGAACAACCAGGAGAAGAUCGGCCAGUACCUGUCCAGCAACAGGGACCACAAGGCUGUUGGACGACGACCUUUUGACAAGAUGGCAACCCUUCUUGCCUACCUGGGGCCUCCUGAGCACAAACCUGUGGCAGACACACACUGGUCCAGCUUAAAUCUCACUAGUUCCAAGUUUGAAGAGUUUAUGACAAGGCAUCAGGUACAUGAAAAAGAGGAGUUCAAAGCACUGAAAACAUUAAAUAUUUUCUACCAAGCUGGGACAUCCAAAGUUGGCAAUCCUGUUUUCUACUACAUCGCUCGGCGGUUCAAGACUGGUCAGAUCAACGGGGAUUUGCUGAUCUACCACGUGCUGCUGACCCUGAAGCCAUACUAUGCAAAGCCAUAUGAAAUCGUGGUGGACCUCACUCACGCUGGCCCCAGUAAUCGCUUUAAAACAGACUUUCUUUCGAAAUGGUUUGUAGUUUUUCCAGGCUUUGCUUAUGAAAAUGUCGCAGCAGUUUUUAUUUAUAACUGUAACUCUUGGGUCAGAGAAUACACCAAAUACCAUGAAAGGCUCUUGACAGGUUUGAAAGGGAGCAAAAGGCUUGUUUUCAUAGACUCUCCAGGGAAGCUGGCAGAGCACAUCGAACACGACCAGCAGAAGCUCCCAGCAGCUACCUUGGCUUUGGAGGAGGACUUGAAAGUGUUUCACAAUGCUCUCAAACUGGCUCAUAAAGACACCAAAGUUUCUAUUAAAGUGGGCUCGACGGCGGUGCAGGUGACGUCGGCCGAGCGCACGCGGGUGCUGGGCCAGACCGUGUUCCUCAACGACAUCUACUACGCGUCCGAGAUCGAGGAGAUCUGCCUGGUGGAUGAGAACCAGUUCACGCUGACCAUCGCCAACCAGGGCACCCCGCUCACCUUCAUGCACCAGGAGUGCGAGGCCAUCGUCAGGUCCAUCAUCCACAUCCGCACGCGCUGGGAGCUGUCGCAGCCCGACUCCAUCCCCCAGCACACCAAGAUCCGGCCCAAGGACGUGCCCGGGACGCUGCUCAACAUCGCCCUGCUCAACCUGGGCAGCUCCGACCCCAGCCUGCGGUCUGCUGCCUAUAAUCUUCUAUGUGCCUUAACCUGUACCUUUAAUUUAAAGAUUGAGGGCCAGUUACUGGAAACUUCGGGUCUGUGUAUUCCUGCCAACAACACACUAUUUAUUGUAUCUAUCAGUAAGACUCUUGCAGCAAACGAGCCACACCUCACCUUGGAGUUCUUGGAGGAGUGUAUUUCAGGAUUUAGCAAAUCCAGCAUUGAGCUGAAGCACCUGUGCCUGGAGUACAUGACGCCCUGGCUGUCCAACCUGGUGCGCUUCUGCAAGCACAACGACGACGCCAAGCGCCAGCGCGUCACCGCCAUCCUGGACAAGCUCAUCACCAUGACCAUCAACGAGAAGCAGAUGUACCCCUCCAUCCAGGCCAAGAUCUGGGGCAGCCUGGGACAGAUAACAGAUCUCCUGGAUGUGGUGCUGGACAGUUUCAUCAAAACCAGUGCCACAGGGGGCUUGGGCUCCAUCAAAGCUGAGGUGAUGGCAGACACAGCGGUAGCACUGGCUUCUGGCAACGUCAAACUGGUGUCGAGCAAAGUGAUUGGGAGGAUGUGUAAAAUCAUUGACAAGACCUGUCUGUCCCCCACGCCCACGCUGGAGCAGCACCUGAUGUGGGAUGACAUUGCCAUUCUGGCUCGGUACAUGCUCAUGCUCUCCUUCAACAACUCCCUGGACGUGGCAGCGCAUCUCCCCUACCUCUUCCACGUGGUGACCCUGCUGGUGGCCACGGGGCCCCUCUCCCUCAGAGCUUCCACUCACGGGCUCGUCAUCAACAUCAUCCACUCUCUUUGCACGUGUUCACAGCUUCACUUCAGUGAGGAGACCAAGCAGGUGUUGAGGCUGAGCCUGACGGAGUUCUCCCUGCCCAAGUUUUACCUGCUGUUCGGGAUCAGCAAGGUGAAGUCGGCGGCGGUGAUCGCGUUCCGCUCCAGCUACCGCGACAGGUCCUUCUCGCCCGGCUCCUACGAGCGCGAGACCUUCGCGCUGACCUCGCUGGAGACGGUCACCGAGGCCCUGCUGGAGAUCAUGGAGGCUUGUAUGAGAGAUAUUCCAACGUGCAAGUGGCUGGACCAGUGGACUGAACUAGCUCAAAAGUUUGCAUUCCAGUACAACCCCUCCCUGCAGCCAAGAGCACUGGUUGUCUUUGGCUGUAUAAGUAAACGAGUCUCUCAUGGACAAAUAAAACAAAUAAUCCGAAUUCUCAGCAAGGGACUUGAGAGCUGUUUAAAAGGCCCUGAUAAUUAUAAUAGCCAAGUUCUAAUAGAAGCCACAGUUAUAGCCCUCACCAAGCUGCAGCCUCUUCUUAACAAGGACUCCCCCAUGCACAAGGCUCUGUUCUGGGUGGCCAUGGCCGUGCUGCAGCUGGAUGAGGUGAACCUGUACUCAGCAGGGACAGCCCUGCUGGAGCAGAACCUGCACACCCUGGACAGCCUGCGCGUGUUCAACGACAAGAGCCCAGAAGAAGUGUUCAUGGAGAUCAGGAGACCACUGGAAUGGCAUUGCAAGCAGAUGGAUCAUUUUGUUGGGCUAAAUUUCAACUCCAACUUUAACUUUGCACUCGUGGGACAUCUCCUGAAAGGGUACAGGCAUCCUUCCCCUACCACUGUAGCAAGAACAGUGAGGAUUUUGCACACACUCCUUGCUCUGGUUAACAAACACAGGAACUGUGACAAGUUCGAGGUGAACACUCAGAGCGUGGCUUACCUGGCAGCCCUGCUGACGGUGUCGGAGGAGGUGCGGAGCCGCUGCAGCCUCAAGCACAGGAAGUCUCUGCUGCUGACAGACGUCUCAAUGGAGAACGUUCCCAUGGAUACAUACCCCAUCCAUCACACUGACACUAGCUAUAGGACACUAAAGGAGCACCAGCCCUGGUCGUCCCCCAAGGGCUCAGACAGACACCUGGCUGCCAACUACCCAACAGUGGGACAGAUCAGCCCUCGCACCCGCAAAUCCAUGAGCCUGGACAUGGGGCAGCCUUCACAAGCCAACACUAAAAAGCUUCUAGGUACAAGGAAAAGUUUUGACCAUUUGAUAUCGGACACAAAGGCUCCUAAAAGGCAAGACAUGGAAUCUGGAAUCACAACGCCUCCCAAAAUGAGGAGAGUAGCCGAAAAUGAUUAUGAAAUGGAAACCCAGAGAAUAUCACCACAGCAACACCCACACCUCCGGAAAGUUUCCGUUUCCGAGUCAAACGUGCUCCUGGAUGAAGAAGUUCUGACUGACCCAAAAAUUCAAGCACUGCUGCUCACAGUUCUUGCCACGCUGGUGAAGUACACCACGGACGAGUUCGACCAGCGCAUCCUCUACGAGUAUUUAGCAGAAGCCAGCGUUGUCUUCCCAAAGGUCUUUCCUGUUGUGCAUAAUUUAUUGGAUUCCAAGAUCAAUACCCUGCUGUCGCUGUGCCAGGAUCCAAAUUUGUUGAAUCCAAUUCAUGGGAUUGUGCAGAGUGUUGUCUACCAUGAGGAGUCUCCACCCCAGUACCAAACAUCCUAUCUACAGAGUUUUGGAUUUAAUGGGCUGUGGAGGUUUGCUGGGCCCUUCUCCAAGCAAACCCAAAUCCCGGACUAUGCUGAGCUCAUAGUGAAGUUCCUUGAUGCCUUGAUUGACACGUAUUUGCCUGGAAUUGAUGAGGAAACCAGUGAAGAGUCUCUCCUGACCCCCACCUCUCCGUACCCUCCAGCGGUGCAGAGCCAGCUCAGCAUCACUGCAAACCUCAACCUCUCCAACUCCAUGACCUCACUUGCCACGUCCCAGCACUCCCCAGGGAUCGACAAGGAGAACGUGGAGCUCUCGCCCACCGCCGGCCACGCCAACAGCGGGAGGAUGCGCCACGGCUCCGCCAGCCAAGUGCAGAAGCAGCGAAGCGCCGGCAGCUUCAAGCGUCACAGCAUCAAAAAGAUUGUGUGAUUGUCGCUUUUUAAUUUUAUUUUUUAUUUUUGGACCUGACUGACACGCGCGGCCCCUCGCGAAGGGCCCCCUAGCGGGUGUGAUGCUGCACUUGAUCUGUACAGUUCCCAUCCGUCAGCCGCGUUGCCAGAUGAUCAACUCCUGACCCAGUGCCCGAGUUAACGCCGCCAUUCCCCCGUUGGGUUCCAGCCGUGUUCAGAACCACGCGUGUGCCGGGGGAGGCUGCAGCUCUGCAGUGCUGCAGGGCCGCCUCUGCUCCAUCCAAAGCCAUUUCCCAGCCCCGCCCUGUCUGCUCCGGCCUCAGGUGUUCCUGCCAAGGGAAGUGUUGAUCCUGAACCCCGUUUGCACGCCUCAAGGUAGUAGUGGCUUCCUGAGCCAGGGAAGUUUCUCUAACCCUGGUUUUAAUCCAAAUCUAUAAAAUUUUACCUGUGUACUUUUUUUUACCACACUGAGAGAAAGUUCAUGACAGCUGCAGUACAAGGAGCUUAAUUGAAGUGGUGGAUUAGGUUAAAUUUCAGGUAAUUAGCAAUAAAGGGGAGAGGAAAAGGAGGCUGCAGGAGUCCCUCAUUCCCCAGGCCAAGCUUCACACGCUUGGACUGUACAUGGACCAGACUGGACAAACUGGCUUUUUUCCCCGAGCUUUUUUUUUAAUUAUUUUUUCCCUGUACUUUAUCUGCCCUGAGGAAGUUGUACAGGGGAGAAUCCCUGGGAAAUGACCCUCAGGCUGUCAUUGUAGUGUCGUUGUAGGACACGAGAAAAAGAAGAGAGGCUCCAAAUAUUUCGGAAGGCAAAGAGCGUAGAAAAGCUUUACUGUCUAAUUCUUACUACUUUUAUAAGGUGUUCCCAUAGAGACUUAACAUGAUUGGAGAAUAGGAACAACACCUCUCUAAUCCCAUUGGUUAAACUAGAGAAACAGCAAAAAUGGUUUUUUUUGAGAACUAGAAAGGCAAAACACCACCUGGAGAAAGAUUGUUUUGAGAAAGGACAGUUGUUUGCCAAGAUUGUUUUGAGAAGAAGCUUUCUUGAGAAAUUUUCCCUUGGGAAAAAAAGUUAGCAGCUGCCAGCAGGCUAAAAUCUCUCAGACCCAGAAAUGUCAGGCCCACAUUGUAGCACGUGCUUUAGUUUUGCCCUUCCCAACACCUGCGAGAGCUCCUGGCAGAGUAUCAGUGGGGACCGGAGGGAAAGCGGGAUGGAUUCACCCCGGCUCUGGGGAAUGGUGUGUGGCAAAGCUGCCCCUGCGCCGCCCGGGCAGGGACACGACAGCCACGUCUGCUCAAGGUACGUGCAUUUCAACCGACUGACACUGGUGCCGUCCCCGGAGUGCUGCAGGCACCUCCCGGGGCGGGCGCGGGGCCCUGCACACACCUGGGGCUGCCGGGGCUGCGGGCGGCGCUCGGGCACCAGCACCUGGGGAUGGGCCCGGCCGCUGUGCCGGCAGGGAGGCGCCGGUGCCGGUGCUGCUGUGCCGGCAGGGAGGCGCCGGUACCGGUGCCGCUGUGCCGGCAGGGAGGCGCCGGUACCGGUGCCGCUGUGCCGGCAGGGAGGCGCCGGUACCGGUGCCGCUGUACCGGCAGGGAGGCGCCGGUACCGGUGCCGCUGUGCCGGCAGGGAGGCGCCGGUACCGGUGCCGGUGCCGCUGUGCCGGCAGGGAGGCGCCGGUGCCGGUGCCGGUGCCGUGUGUCUGAGUGGGGCGAGCCGGAGUUCAGGCAGGGGCUGUGUCCCUGGGGGCUCACACAGCUCCUGCUCAGAAUCGGAUCCGCUUCCCAGUUUCAGAUCCCUCUGCUGUGGUAGGGAUGAACAAUCCUUCAGUGGCUUUAAAGGAAAAAACGUGUCCAUGAGGUAAAAGCCAGUCCUCCAGUGCAAUCGUUAGUGGCUUUCAGUAAAUCAAACUCCACAGCUAAAUUAUUAGAGAAUGGUACAAUUAAGGGUUCCAGUUUAUUGCUAUAGCACAUAAUUCCCAUGUAUCCACACAGUAACAAUGUAACAUUUAUGUAAAUAAAAAUACCUUUAUUGUAUUGAUUCAUAAAAUAAGAAUUUCUUUAAUUUGUUUACAGUCCUGGAAAAACUAUGAACACAAACUUCAUAUGCAAAUAGUUUGCCAAAACAAGAGGAAAACUUAGAAUUAGCAGUCAUGGAAUAAACAGGCUAGAAAGAUGAACUGGUGCAAUUAACCACAUCCCCUCACUGGGGUGGUGCAGGCGCCAGGGCAGGAACGGCGUCACUGGUGACACAGAGGGGGGUCUGAGCUCAGGGACAGAGCGGGGGCUCAAGCCCUGAGUUUGGGGUCCCCAGGUUAGAAACCAUUGUCAUCCCACAACUCAGAGUGUGAGGAGCCACCCCCGGUGUCACGGGGGUUUGCAGUGGGUUUGCCCAGUCGAGCUGGUUCCUGCCCUUCCCGUUUUGCUGAGGACAAGGAAUUGUAGAAGGCUGAGGAUUUGUAUGUAGGAGGAAAACAAGAAUCUCUUGUAAAGAUGGUGUGCUGUUUUCAGUUGUUUCUCGUAUGAGCAGGUCUCCUGCAAAUGAACAGUAUUUCCAGAGGAACUGCCUGACUGGCUUUGGGCAGAGAGCGAGCCCUUGGCUGUUCUGCAUGGCCCAUGUCAGAAGUGUCCCUCCAUCAGAACUGCUGUGUUCCCUGCAGCACAGAGAUGUGGGAGCAGAGGGGACAGGAUGAAAGUCACCUUCCCUGUGAGAACUACUCCAGGCUCUGUCCCAGUAAAAAACUGGUCUCUUCAUGAAGCCAGUGAACAAAACUGCCUUUCCUCUUUCCUGGAAGGAGGGAGCCAGUUGGAGUUUUCCCUGUAUGAGAGGUUCAGUGAGAGGGCCUGGACUUGGCAGAGCAGAGGUGGCAGACACCUGUGUCAGGUACGGGUGAACUGGGCUGUAAGGACUGCUGAUGGCCAAGGUUUCAUUUGGGAUCGUGUGUGCUGCGAUAGACAGGAACGUUGUCUCCUGGUACUGGUGCUUGGGAAGCUUGUGCUUGGCUCCCAGGGAACCAUGGCCUUUGUGUAACGAUUAAAGUCCCAUCAGUAAUUAGUUGUUGAGUGCCUUACUGUCACUGUAUCACUCUCCCGCUCCCUCCAGCAGCCACUGCUGGGAUUUGCCUCUUUUUCUUUCUCACAUCCUCCUGCCUUUGUUCUUUCUCUGUUUGAGCACUCUCCAUCCCAUUCCAUCCCUGGGAGCUCUGCUCCACCCUUCCUCCACCUGCUGCUCUGUUCUGGUGCCCAGCAGGUUGUUGCUGGUGACCGUGUGGGUGUGAGCCCCGUCCCAGGGUCCCCAGUGCCCCUGCGCUCCAGGCAGCCCCCGGGCCACCGGCAGUGGCUGCUGCUGCAGGCUCUGCUGCUGCAGGCUCUGCUGCUGCAGGCUCUGCUGCUGCAGGCUCUGCUGCUGCAGGCUCUGCUGCUGCAGGCUCUGCUGCUGCAGGGCUGGAACUGCAGCCUCAGAGUCCCUGAGCUCUGACAUGAAAACUUAAAAUUCAGAGAAGCCGAUUGGAACACGUGGACCAUGUAACGCCCUCCGGGGAGCGUGUGUGACCCCCGGCUCAGAGCCCGUUCCCUGCCCCGCACUGACCACAGCUCAGUACUGUAAAGACAAUGAACAUUCUGUUUGUGUUUGUAUUUUCCCUGACUUAAAGAUAACUCAGUAGUAUUUGAAUAGUGCAUAACCUACCUGUAAUGAUGCCGAUGUUUCUGCUUUACCGUGCAUGCGGUUUCCCAGGACAGGGAACGUUUCCCUGAGUCUCAUGGGCUGAGCCCCCAGCGUGUGCCGGGGCUGGCUCUGACCCGGGUUUAGGAUUUAGGGCUUUUUCUGUUUCAGUCUAAGGUUAAUUUUUUCCGAACUCACAAAGCACGUCCUAUUGUUAUGCAACAAACCACAGACAGUCACUCAGAGUGUUGGUCCCACCUUUUUUUUUUAUGCAGUAUAUUCACCUGUAAAUAGGUUUUGUGUAAAAUUUGACAGAAAAGUAUAUUUACUACACUGUAAAUACAUGUGACAAUAUAUUGUAUUAUUUUGCUUUUUUUGUAAAGCAGUUAGUUGCUGUACAUGUAUAACAUACGGAUUUGAUUAUCUAGUGUUAGUACCUGUUAACUCCUGGCUCCUGUGUCCCACACGCUGUCCUGUGUGUGAUCUCAUCCUCCAGGCUGCCCUGGGCUCUCCACGCUCCCGGCGGCACCUGUGGGCACAGCGGGGCAAACCUGGCUUCAGAUAAUUGCUGUUCACCCCAUUCUCCCCUCAUGUAUGUACUGCCCCUUUUUUUUGAAGUAAAAUGUAAAUUCAACCCACUCCCAGUUGUUCGAAGGUCAUUCCCGGGGGCUGCAGGGUAAAGGCGGUGGAUGCUGAUGUCCUCUCUUUGUUGGGACAAGUUUGGGUGGGUUCUUGGGGCUGAACCAAGGGAUCCAGCACAGUGCCAGAGCCCAACCCUCCACUUUUUCUGGGGAAAAUUAAGACUCCAGUUAAAAUCCAGUGUCUGGGGUUUGUCUUCCCAGACUGGUGCUGCUCUUGGGUGUGGGAUCCUGCACAGAUCUGAGACUGCCUGCAGUGACUGAGGAAGAAGAAAGCCCAUUGUCAUGAAUUUCAUGUCACUUCAAUAAGAUUAUCAUAACUGAAUAAUAAAUCAGAAUAUUUCUUUUUAAAAUGUAAAUUUAAUAUUGUAAUAAAAUAGCUGCUUGGUCUUUAAAGAACAAUUCAGUAUAAUUUGUCUAUUUGAGCUUUUUUGCCUAGAAGCUUGAGGUUUCAGCUGUCAGGCAACUUCUCUGACAAAUGAUUAAUCACAUCUAUUUUUCUUCUGGGGGAUACAUUACUUCCCCAUUAAAAAUGUAUAAGUACUUAUAUUCUGGCUUUGUGAAUCGUAAAGGAUGUAAAGACACAUUAAAGUGUGACUGCAUUGA